CACGUCUGCGCAGUGGGCGCCUCUGAAGACUUGGUACAAGAGUCCAAAGAUUUUUGGAGCGCUGAUGUCAGCCCUCUCGCAGUUUCGCGAGUCGGCUUCAGCGGUGGCCAAUAUCAGCUGCCGGCAUGUUGGGGGCUAAGAUGGGAAGAAGCAGCUGCAUCCUAUACCAUCUGAGGAAAGGUCUAUAUUCGCCUCUGGCUAGUGGCGUCGGCUCAUUUCUCGAUCCCCUGGGCUUCCCUCAACUUUUGCGACUUCCCUCUUGUUCUGGCAGUUUCAGAGGGCUGCAGCAGGGAAACUGCCCCCAUCCAGGUGCUGAUUCAGUGAAGCCACUUGAUGGUGUGAGAAUUCUUGAUUUAACAAGAGUACUUGCAGGACCUUUUGCCACCAUGAACCUUGGAGAUCUUGGAGCUGAAGUAAUCAAAGUGGAAAAACCAGGAUCGGGGGAUGAUACUCGAUCCUGGGGACCACCAUUUGUUGGAACUGAAAGUGUUUAUUUUCUCAGUGUAAAUAGAAAUAAAAAGAGUAUAGCUGUUAAUAUGAAGAAGGCCAAGGGAGCAAAGAUAAUUAAAGAGCUGGCAGCUGUCUGUGAUGUUCUUGUGGAAAACUAUGUCCCUGGAAAACUGGCUGGAAUGGGUCUGGGUUAUGAUGACAUCAACAAAGUUGCUCCUCAUAUUAUUUACUGCUCAAUAACAGGCUAUGGUCAGACUGGUCCAAAAUUUCAACAAGCAGGUUAUGACUCAAUUGCAGCUGCUGUUUCUGGACUCUUGCAUAUCACAGGGCCUCAGGAUGGUGAGCCUGUUAGGCCAGGAGUAGCUAUGACCGACCUUGCUACAGGAUUAUAUGCAUAUGGAGCAAUUAUGGCUGCACUUCUUCAACGACAUAAAACAGGGAAAGGAAUGCACUUGGAUUGCAAUCUGCUUUCAUCUCAGGUUGCCUGCCUUACUUAUAUAGCAAGCAAUUUUCUAAACUGCAGAACAGAAUCCAUACGAUGGGGCACUGCACAUGCAAGUAUUGUACCCUAUCAGGCUUUCAAAACACAAGAUGGAUACAUUGUAGUAGGAGCAGGAAAUAAUCAACAGUUUGCUACUGUUUGCAAGAUUCUCAGUUUGCCUGAAAUUAUUCAUGACCCCAAAUACAAAAAUAACCAGCAGCGAGUGGUAAAUAGGAAAGAACUUAUUGGAAUAUUGUCAGCCAGGUUCUUGGAAGAAGAAACCUCCAAAUGGCUAGAACGUUUUGAGGGCAGUGGAGUUCCAUAUGGCCCAAUCAACAGCAUGAAGCAGGUGUUCUCAGAUCCUCAGAUCAGAAAUUCUCGGGGCAAUUUUUGCAAGAGUACAACGAAGAUCAUCUUCCACAACAAGUCUACUUCUGUAUUUUGACUUGAUAACCAACAAGCUGGAAAACCCUGUUUCACAAAGAUAUGUUGUUGGAAAUGGAAGAAGAAGGCACAACACAGUCUCAGACAGAACAGGAUAUGACUGCAAACACUUGAUCCAGAAUGUUGUAACUGGCAUUGUAGAGAAAUCAGUUCUUGCUGCAUUGUUGUUAAUAAGUUCAAUGAACUCCUCUUGUGCUGUCUCAGAAACAUCUUCAACUUUGUGAAUGGGCUUCUGGCAAGUGCAAAUGGGGUGUCAAAUAGAUUUGGAAAGUACGAUGAAAUUUCCUCUUCAAACAUGUGCAAGUGUUCUUUCACAAAAAUUAUCAUCGGAAUCCGUUUGUCUGGUUCAAUGUCAUGUUCCUCAAAGAAAGCAGGCAACAUGUAAAUUUUAUUUUCAUCCAUUUUUUUUUUUUUUUUUUUUUGCCAAAGCUGAAGUUUCAUUUGGAAUGAUUGGAUCUUUUCAGACAAAUCGAGGCAUGUUGCAUUUGGUCCUUGCAGUGAUAAAUUUAACUCAUUCAAGAUGGCAAAGAUGGCAACCAAGUAAGCUAUUUUCUGCAGUUCACUUUUAUUGCUGAAAAGUGCUUCAAACUGCGGUCUUGCUUUCUGAUUAAAAAACAUUUUGAGUUCAUCACGAAGCUCAAAAACACAUUUUAAAAUUUUUCCUCUCAACAAACAUCUCACUUCAGUGUGAAAUAGCAGAGCAUUGUUCGGCGCAUCCAACUCGUUGCGCAGUUGCAAAAACAGUUGACUGUUCAAAGUGCUCGCCUUUACAAAAUUGACACAACUUAUGAUGCUUUUCAUUAACUUCUUGUAACUCUUGUGGCAGUGUCUUCAUUGCUAAUAUUUGCCGAUGAAUCAUACAGUGAGUUCCAAUGACUUUUGGUGACUCAUUCAGUACCAAACAUUGAACUCCAGAUCGACAUCCUAGCAUAACUGGAGCACCAUUUGUGCUAACACCACAAACUUUUCCCCAAAAAAUCUUAUGCUCUUUCAGAAAUGAAACAACUGUGUCAAAUACAUCACGUGCAGUAGUUGUGUUUCAAGAGGUUUGCAAAAAAGAAACUCAUCUUUAAAGUCGCCAUCAUUAAUAUACCUCAUGUAAACCAGUAACUCUGAACAGUUUGCAACAUCUGUAGAUUCAUCAAGCUGGAUACUAAAUAUUAGAAGUGGAGCAGAUUUAAUUUCUUGGAUUACCUGAUCAAGAAUAUCAGCAGACAUGUCAUCUAUUCUUCUGCGGACAGUGUUUUUCCUGAACAUUCCUAUUGUUCUAUAUUUAACCAUAGGAAAGUAUAAUUAAUGUCAAUUUAUUCAAGAUGCUGAGUUGUUACUUCCCUCUGGAAAAAAAACCCUCUGGAAUCUUCUCAAAUAUUUUGGAGAAUCUGACUAUAAAUUGAAUGGAACAAUGCAUUAUGAAUAAAAGAACAAUCUGUUGAGGGGUUAGAGAACAGUUCUCAGAGGAACCAAA